GACAGUCGAGGUCAAGACAGUAACCACGUCUCUCCAACUGAGGAUUAUAACUUAUAUAUGGUUCACUAGCUGUUAGACAGAACAAUCUAAAUGUAUUGCUCAUCUUUCUACAUCUGAAAACUCUGAGGUGAAUUCAAUUUGGUUUUGGCAUUUAGCUCAACCACAGGAAAUAGGACGAGUGUCACCAGCAACUGUAGCAGCACUGGCUGAUACAGGAGGGAAGCCAUAAUGGCGACACUUAGAGAGGAGCUCUUUAAUAUUCUGCUGGAUUUAAAUGAAGACCAUUUUAAGCAUUUCAAAUUUCACCUGAGAGACGAUGGCAUCCCACUGGCUGACCUGGAGAACGCAGACAGGCCGGACACGGUGGAGCUAAUGAUAAAUAAAUAUCGAGAUCGUGGAGCUCUGAAGGUAACCUUGAAGGUUUUACAGAAGAUCAGCAGGAAUGAUCUGGUGGAGCGUUUGCAAAACUUCAGACCGAAAGUCACAGAAACUAAAGAACCCCCAACAACCACCCAUCCACUGGCUCUCGCUCUGGGCGACUUUGUUGAAGAACAAAGUCUCGAUCCUCUUGAGUUGGCUUUCAUGGCUGGCACUGUUUUUAAAGACUUCAACCCAUUUCAUGUUGGUGCUCAAAAAGAGAGAUCUAACAGAAAGAAGGCCAGACCAUUAAGGUGGGUCCAGCAGUUUGCAGUGGAUGUGACUCUGGAUCCUGAAACAGCACAUUGUGCCCUCUUCCUCUCUGAUGACAGGAAGCAAGUUCAUGAUGGUGACGUGUGGAAGAAUCUCCCAAACAACCCUAAAAGGUUCAAGAGAUGCGUCAAUGUAUUGGGAAAACAGAGUUUCUCCUCUGGAAGAUUUUACUAUGAGGUUCAGGUUAAAGGGAAGACUGCUUGGGCUUUGGGAGUGGCCAAAGAGUCGAUCAAGAGGAAAGGAAAUAUCACAGCAAGCCCCAACAAUGGUUACUGGACUAUAAUGUUGACAAAUGGAGAUGAGUAUGAGGCUAAUGAUGAGAAUCCAGUCAGUCUCUCUCUGAAUCAGAAUCCACAGAAGGUGGGGGUGUUUGUGGACUAUGACGAGGGUAUGGUGUCCUUUUAUGACGUAGAUUCUGCAGAUCAUCUCUACUCCUUUACUGGAUGCUUCUUCACUGAAAAACUAUUCCCAUUUUUUACACCAUGUACCAAUGAUGGUGGUAGAAAUUCUGCCCCCCUCAUCAUUUCUCCUGUCAAACACGAUGAAGCAUAUGAAAGAAAGAAGGCUGAGCUGAAGAGUAUCCAGCAGUUUGAAGUGGAAGUGACUCUGGAUCCUGAAACAGCACAUCGAGCCCUCUUCCUCUCUGAUGAUGGGAAGCAAGUUCAUGUUGGUGAUGUGUGGAAGAAACUCCCUGACAACCCUAAAAGGUUCAAGAGAUGCGUCAAUGUAUUGGGAAAACAGAGUUUCUCAUCAGGAAGAUUUUACUAUGAGGUUCAGGUGAAAGGGAAGACUUCCUGGAGUUUAGGAGUGGCCAAAGAGUCGAUCAAAAGGAGGGGACAAAUCACACUGGGCCCUGAUGAUGGUUUCUGGACUAUAUGGUUAAGAAAUGGAGAUGAGUACAUGGCUAAUGAUGACACCCCAGUCUGUCUCACCCUCAAUCACCAUCCACAGAAGGUGGGAGUGUUUGUUAAUUAUGACGAGGGUCUGGUCUCCUUUUACGAUGUAGAAGCUGCUGAUCAUCUCUACAGUUUCACUGACUGCUCCUUCACUGAGAAACUCUACCCAUUCUUCAGUCCCUGCACUAAUGAUGGUGGUACUAACUCUGUCCCUCUGAUAAUCUGUCCGGUCAAUCAUGAGGAAGAAUAUGAAAGAAAAAAAGCUGAGCUGCACAGUGUCCUGCAGUUUGCAGUGGAUGUGACUCUGGAUACUGAUACAGCACAUCCUGCUCUCAUCCUUUCUAAUGAUGGAAAACAAGUAUAUCAUGGUGAUGUGAGGAAGAACCUCCCAGACAGCCCUAAGAGAUUUGAUAGUUGUGUUAAUGUCUUAGGAAAAGAGAGUUUUUCAUCAGGAAGAUUUUACUUUGAGGUUCAGGUUAAAGGGAAGAGGGCCUGGACCGUAGGAGUUGCCAAAGAGUCGAUUGACAGGAAUGGGGAUAUCACACUCAGUCCUGAAGAUGGAUUCUGGACUGUAUGUUUAAGAAAUGGAGAUGAAUACAAAGCUGUUGCUUCUCCUUCAGUUGACCUCUCUUUGAAUCAGCAUCCUCAGAAGGUGGGGGUGUUUGUUGAUUAUGAGGAGGGACUGGUCUCCUUUUACGAUGUAGAUUCUGCAGAUCUUCUCUACUCCUUUACCGACUGCUCCUUCACUGAGAAACUCUACCCAUACUUUAGUCCCUGUACUAAUGACAAAGGUAGAAACUCAGCCCCCCUCAUCAUAUCUCCUGUCAAACACAAUAAAGAAUAUGAAAGAAAGAAAGCUGAGCUGCAGAGUGUCCAGCAGUUUGCAGUGGAUGUAACUCUGGAUACUGAUACAGCACAUCCCAGUCUCAUCCUGACUGAUGAUGAAAAACAAGUAUAUUGUGGUGAUGUAUGUAAGAAACUCCCAGACAGCCCUAAGAGAUUUGAUCGUUGUGUUAAUGUCUUAGGAAAAGAGAGUUUUUCAUCAGGAAGAUUUUACUUUGAGGUUCAGGUUAAAGGGAAGACAGACUGGACUGUAGGAGUGGCCAAAGAGUCAAUUGGCAGGAAGGGGAAGAUCACACUCAGUCCUGAAGAUGGUUUCUGGACUGUAUGGUUAAGAAAUGGAGAUGAGUAUGAGGCAAUUGAUGCCCCUUCAGUUAAUCUCUCUCUGAAUCAGCAUCCUCAGAAGGUUGGAGUGUUUGUUGAUUAUGAGGAGGGUCUGGUCUCCUUUUACGAUGUAGAUUCUGCAGAUCUUCUCUACACCUUUACUGACUGCUCCUUCACUGAGAAACUCUAUCCAUACUUUAGUCCCUGUAGUAAUGACAACGGUAUAAACUCUGCCCCCUUGAUCAUAUGUCCUGUCAAACACAACAAUUAGAUUACUCAUGCUGUCGUUGAAAGGCCUGAACACCCACACAGCUGUUUUCUGUUAUUCCGGUUGAGUUGUGACAAAACCACACACAGCGCCAGUAAGAAUAAUAAAAGUCUGUAUUGACUCACCUUAAAGUGCUAAGUGGCUUUUAACCGCUCAUGAUGCUAUAGCUUUAUGAGUGGGUCACACUUUUGUUGUAUUUUGUAUUCAGUUGGCACAUCAAAAACCUUGAGUGUACUAUGAGUGUGAAGAGCUUUUACAAUGGAAUCUGCUGUAUUGACUUUGUAUUUCAAACUCUGUAGAAUUUUGUUAUUGCUUCUUUUGUUUAUUUUUAUUUUUGAUAUAUUCCAUUGCUACGUUUAUCUUUUAUUGUUUAUACUUGUCAAAUGUGGACACAAAUGCAUCAUUGAAUGAAAAUUGAUUGACUGAUUGAUUGAAUGAAUAUAGGAACUGAUGGAAAGGUUUGUUUACUUAUCAAGAAAACAAGCUUUUGUUUUUGAAAAAUUCAUAUUUUUCAACGUUAAUUUUUGUACUGUAAUAUAACACUCUCAAAUGGAAUCAAUGUAAUGUCAUUAUUUUCUGAGAAUGUGAAUUAAAAGAAAUGUUUGACUUGACAAUUACAUGAAACAUUGACAUUAAUAAACUUUGAAGUAUAAAAUAAAGUGGCACUUAAUGAUCAGUGUUUUUGUUGCAUUAUGAAAAAAUUACAACUGACAAACUUCAGGAACUUUUCUUAAAAAAAACAAAACAA